AUGUCUACUCAAGACCGCGGUAUCCCCUUGACCCAUACCCCCGACGCCCGCGGGUACAAGCUCAUGGAGCUGCCCCCCGACCUAGAGGCCCUGCUCACUGCCGAAGAUGCUCCGGUCAUCACCCUCACAUCGACCCCGUCAACAGCCCUCCUCAAGACCCCAGACAAGACCUACAAGCUUCUCCAGAAAAACACCUCCAACUCCCUCAUCCUCCUCGCACCCCACUCCGCCGCGCCUUCAUCAGAGUCCGACGACGUCCCCGUCAACGGCCUCGGCGCCAUCGCCACCAUCCACGAGACCAUCGAGCUCGUCGCCCAGAGCGAGCCGCAGACGAUAUCAAACCUGAAGAACACCGGCAGCAAGGGCAAAUGGCACGAGAAGUUUGGCCAGGGGCGGUAA